UAUUUGUAUUCAUCUUCAUACAUAUUACACUCGGAGAUAACCUUUAGUCUUGCUGUUUCUAUCUAAAAAGAAUUCUUACGCUAGCAUUCAGUGUUUCAUUUAAUCAACUUAGAAAUGUCAGUCAUUUAGAUUGCAUUAUUGGAUAUUUUUGUUUUCUUUAAGCUAUUUUUUACUACUGAUUAGUAGACUUGAUAUCAAACUCGCUUAAAUAUUCAAUUUUCUAUAAGCUCAGCUCCUCUCAUCGUCUCAGAUUAACGGCCAGUGAAUAUGAAGAAGUAUUUAAUAAUAUUGUUGUGUUUCUGGCAAUCACAACUCCACUAUAUACCAGGUUGUCGAUCACACGAAAUAACUCAUGAGGACAUAAAAGAGGCAAUGCUUAGUCUUGUUCAUUUGAUUCGCGAAAACACGGAGAAGUUAGAGCGACAUGAAAUUCGUGAACGUCAUUUAGGAGACCAAGUCAAAAAAAGUUUAGGGAUACUAUCUAAAAAGAUUAUAGAUAUUGAAGAAAUACGAAGACACUUGCAAAAGUUUGACACAAGAGUUACCAGUCUUGAAAGAUCUCUUGCUAAGAUGACAAACAUGAGUGAAAAAGUUGAUGAAAUUUAUAGUUCAAUGAUGACAAGCAAACAUAAUCUUGACUUUCCUCAAAAGCAUGGAGAAACAGAUUUUUCUGGUAACUAUCAUCUAAUUGAAAGUCAAACAGAAAUGAUCAAAAACCUUACAAGAAAACUCGAAGAUUCUCAAUCUCAACAACAUAAAGAGGCUAGGAUUAUUUCUGAUUACCAGAUCCGUGAUCCCGGGGCUGCUGUUAGCGCUUUUUCCUUGAAUAGGCCCUCCGGUUGGUCCUUGCAGCGGAUGGAUGUGGAUGGAUUUGUCGAAUGUCAGUAUUGUCUCAGUUGUGAGCUAAGGAAGAAGAAUGUACACCAUCCAGCACAAUUUUGAAGGCUAUGGAACUUGGUUCCAGAUGGUUCUUGACAUUUAUGGAGAGAAGGACUUAAGGAAAGGUAUCCGCCUGUUGGGCUUCUUGGCGCGCCCGAUCAACCCUCACGAAGGGUUGCUCGUGGCGGCCAGGAUGGAAAUUUUGUUUGGGAACCUUCCUCUGGAGGUCCUGGGGGCCGUGACCUAUUUCUGCCUGCAGGGCCCGGAGAUUGUAGAGGACCCUUGGGCCUUGAAGGAGGUAAUUUCUCCGAACAGCGGGGACCUGGAGCAGUUGAGGAUCGCUCUCAUGGAAGCGAUCCUUAACGGUUUGGUCACCAUGGCGUAAGGUAAGUCACACUAGUGAGGCGUUUCCUUUUUGUUUCUGGAAUGAUUUCUUGGGAAGCAUUCCGAUUGUUUCAUUUCUUAUUAAGAGAUUAUUGUAUCUUAAAAAUUUUUUUUUUUUGUUACAAGCUAGACGUAUCGGAUGUCACCGGACGGCUGGGUGCCGUAAAUAUAAUUAU